AUGCAGCACAUAGAGCUGGUUUCUCCUUCACAACCUGAUGCUGAGAUUUCUACGUUUGAGGGUCCGGUCUGCAGUCAGCAGAUUUCUUGGGAAAGGAUAGGGAACUUCCAACACCUGCUAGGGAAGCAUACUUUUCAGGGUACCGGCUUGGUGGUUCACGAUGCCAGUGUUUACUGCAUGAAUGACAUCGGUGUUGUGGCAAGCGGUGAUUUCAAAUGCUCCAGCGAAGAGAUCAGCAAGGGAGGAAACAGUUGGAAAAGGGGAGAGGAAGUUAAGAAAUCAAUUGGGUUUGUUAAAAGGGUUGGCGUCUAUUUGAAUGGUUGUAGACACCGGUGUCGAGUUCAACGGCUUGAGUCCGGUGAAGAUGAAGAAGAAAAGAAGAGGAAGGCUAGGGCUGGGGCUGGGGCUUCACGGGAAGAGGAAGGCAAAAUGGACUCUUGA